GUAACGGCGCAGCUUUCCGGGCGGGGCCUGGGAAUCGGAUAUCGGUAUGAAACCUGAGGGAUUACACGGUAUCUAGCCCAGAUUCCCAGGGGUUGAGGAGAGGAGGCUAAUAGCUGGACGCUGGAUAAACAAGAAAGAAAAGAAAGGCCGCGGGGAGAGGAAGCUGCGGAGAUGAGUGACUGGGGGGAUCGAGGACCCUAUUAGGAUUGGUAGUGCAUAAUAGACAGUUUAGACCAACUAUAAGUGAUAAGAUCUUUGCCUAAUGACCAGGAGAAUGUCUUCCCAUUUGGCAGCAACUACUUUAUGUCUUAUUUGAAGUUUAAUGAGAAUGCUAAUAUAAAUAAGGAAUUUAAGGAAUAUAAAUGAAGACUCCUGUUAUAAAGAAGCAGCAUUAUUCUGUUUGAGAAAAAAAGAUCAUUUCUGAUUCAACAUGAUAAGAAAUUAUCCUAAGGGCCGAGCUAAAAAUCUAGCUGUUACUGCAGUUGCUUUACAAGACCACAUUUUACAUGAUCUUCAACUGGAACCACGUUCAAUAGAUCUUUAUAAAACAAAGAAACAGAAAAAGGAUAAUAAAUACAAAUCUCCAAAAAAAGAUAUAAAAGCAGUGGUAGAUACUGGACUGAAAAAGCGAGCUCCACCAACCCAUAAAGAAGAAGAGUCAGAAAAAGAAUAUGUUCUCGAUCCAGCUCCUCCGCCACUCACUCUAGCACAAAAGUUGGGCUUGACUGAAUGUCCUCCAUUGCCACUAUCAACAGAAGAAUGGGAAAAAGUGAAGGAGAGGUCCAUAAAACAAGGGGAUUCUAUGCAUCCAUGUUCAAUAUGUAGAGAAGAAUUUGAACUCCAGGCACAAGUGCUGCUUUCAUGUUCCCAUGUAUUUCACAAAGCAUGUCUCCAGGCUUUUGAGAAGUUCACAGGUAAAAAAACUUGCCCUCUGUGUAGAAAGCAGCAGUAUCAGACUAGAGUGAUACAUGAUGGAGCUCGACUUUUUAAAAUAAAAUGUGCAACAAGAAUACAGGCCUAUUGGAGAGGAUAUAUUGUUCGAAAGUGGUACAGAAAGCUGAGGCGAACUAAACCUCCCAGAAAUCCCAAAUUAAGAAGAAAAUUCUAUGAAGAAAAGUUCACUGAAAUCAGCGACAGGAUAGUGGCUUCAUUUCAGACGAACAUCGACGAGCUCUUUUCCGAAAUCGAUUACUGCAUAGCUUCCAAUAGAAGCAUCCUUCAACAGUUCGAAGAACGGUGCAGCCGGAAAAUUACUGAAGAGGAAUGGGAGAAAAUACAAGGGCAGGCAUUUCACCAAGAGAUAUCUGAUUGUUCCAUCUGCCUUACACCACUCUCUUUUAGCAAUCAUAUUCAAUCUACAUUCCCAGAAAAAACUGAUAAUCACCAUUUCCGGGAGACUGUUCUCUUGUCUUGUUCACACAUGUUUCAUCAUACUUGUCUUCUGGCUUUAGAGGAGUUUUCCUUAGGAGAAAUAUAUACUUGUCCUUUAUGCCGCUCCAGCUAUCAAAAGAGAAUACUUGAAUAUUAAAUUUACAUUAAAUUAUAUAGUUCUACUCAAGAAAAGUUAUAUAAUGUUGAGAAGUUUGUCUUAAUUUUAAAAGAUUGGCCAGAGAUUUUGCUUAUGUGUAUACUGUACCUACAACUCAUUGGCAGUGAAAUAAAUAUUAGGCAGCCUUCAUUUUUUAGAAAUUCUAGUAAUGAACAUAUUUCAAAAGUGAUAGAAUAUUCCAGCAAAUUUUAAUCUCAAUUCUCUUAAAAUUGAAAUUUGAAUUUAUGACUUGGUCACUUAAUACAGAAAAAAGAUAGACAAUGGAAAUUUCCAGACACUAAAUUGUUAACAGAAAUUAGAUUUCAGAUAGCUGUUUCCCUGCAUAGUUCUGAUUGGCUCUCAAGGAAGAAGUAGAGGAAGGAAAAUAGUAGUAGUCUCUCGGUGACCUUGGAGUGAAGGUUUCUUAAACCUUGUCCAAAACAACUCUCUGGACCAAAGAGAAUUCAGUAAAGAAGACAAUGGCAACUAGAAGUCAAGGGCAUUUUGGUGAUUAUCUGCAAAGACACAAUAACGCUGAGCGACUACUGCUCUUGGUAACUCCAGUGUACCUUUAGAGGAACCUGGCUGCUAGGCUCAGAGCCUUCAUCAAACCCUUAGGACAGACAAUCACUUUCCUUUUAGUAAUAAUAACAUGACUGAGCAGCAACAGAUGGCAUCUGGACACAACCUCUACCCAGACUGGAUAGUGUCCAGACAUACCUCUAUUUCCACAAAUUUCAUAUUUGGCUGUUAUCAUUUAUAUGGUAAGAAAUUUAUCACAUAUAUGUGUAUAUAUAUAUGCAUAUAUUAUAGUUCCAAAUUUUCUUUAUUAACUGUAUCUUUAAAAAAAUGUUCAAGUGUACAUUAUAAAUAUAUGUGUGCAUUUCUCUUUGUUUUUGGAAGGAGCAUUACUAUUUGAUGUAAAAACUUUGUAUAUCUGAGCUACAAAAUGAAAAAUAAAGUUGUUUCCCAUAAAA